GGGUGUUGGGCUUUGAGUUUCAAAGUGAAGAUCUCUGGGAGCUCAGUGUUUCUGCACUCUUUCUCCGAUCCCUUUACAUCAUCAACAAUACAGAUCAGUAUCAGUCUCUUGGUUGUUACCCAGCAAGAAGAAAGCUAUGGAUCCUUCGGAACAUAGGUACUUGGAAGAUGAUGAUACUCCAGUGAUGAAGACAAUCAAGGGUGCAACUUCAGGUCUAGUUGCCGGAACUAUAUUCGGCACUAUAGUUGCUACUUGGUAUGAUGUGCCUCGUGUUGAGAGAAGUGUUGCACUUCCAGGGCUUAUUCGGACCUUGAAGAUGAUGGGUAGCCAUGGGCUGACAUUUGCUGCCAUUGGUGGAGUUUACAUAGGUGUGGAGCAGUUGUUGCAAAAUUAUAGAAUGAAGAGAGACUUUAUCAAUGGAGCUGUUGGCGGUUUUGUUGCUGGUGCUUCUGUUCUGGGAUACAAAGGAAGGAGCAUUUCAACAGCAAUUUCGGCGGGAGCUGCACUUGCAGUAACUUCGUCGCUGAUUGAUGCUGGUGGUCAGACGACAAGAAUAGAUACUGGUAAAGAGUACUACCCUUACACUACCAAGAAGAGAGCCAAUACUGAGUAAUAACCUGUCGUUACCACAGUUGAGAAGAUCUUGGUGUGUUAAGAUUGAGAACCCGUAUAACCUAAAACUGGUGGUAUGUUUAUUUUUGGAGAUCUAAUCAUGCUCCUGCGUUAUCUUUUGCUGUAGUCUUAUUUUCAGAUCUCAGAACCUGAAAGGAUGAUUUGAAUAAAAUAUGUUUCGUUGCAAUUUCCUGUUAUGAGCUGUCUAUUGGUUUGAGAUAAUUACCGCUUUAUUAAUGAUUGAAAAGGGUCCUAGUUAGGCAGUUACGUUGAAAGCGUGGAGAGAUGUUGAAUUGUUUUGAAUGGAAAAUCUGAUCUUCAAUGUUGAUAUUACCCUUUUUUGUCU